AGUAAACAUGAAACCGUUGACUGUCAUCUUGCUGCACACAGUGUUCAUCCUUCUCGCCAACACUGUAGCUUACGUGAAGAAACUCGAGUACACACUACACUCACCCAUCUUCAACAUCUCCUACCGGAUAAAUCAUCCGCAGUCGUACGCGAACCAAUCGCUCGACAUCUUUGUUGACAUCACACGCAAAGUGAAGGACCUAAGGCUCCUAUUCAUUUACAACAGUGUUACAUCGAACGGAAGCACACAGCACGCCAUCAUCAAACGUUCGAUCGAUAUGUGCUUCUUCAUGCGCAAUCCCCGAUCCGAUCGUUUGCUGAAAAGCUUCUACGACUACAUACGUGGACACACGACCAUACCGCUGAAGUGUCCGCUGCCACCGGGUAGCUACAUAAUUCGCGAUGUGCGGCCGUCUGAUGCGCCCUUACCUGCCUUUCUGCCGAACGUGGAGUUUGUGCUGGAGCUGAUUUACCACUCGGAGCUGCUCGCGGAAAAGCUGAUGGAGUAUCGAGUGUACGGGAAGCUGGUGCGAUUGUAUGAUAAAAUGUUUAGAUGAA